UCUAAAGAGAGAGAGAGAAGAGAGAGACAGAGAGAGAUGGGAGGGGAGAUUAGGAACGGGAAUGUGGAGAAGGCGACGAUCAGUAUUCCUGAAAUAAAGUUCACGAAGCUGUUUAUUAACGGAGAGUUCGUUGACUCCAUAUCAGGAAAGACGUUUGAGAACAUAGAUCCAAGAACUGAGGAAGUGAUUGCAAAUGUGUCUGAAGCGGACAAAGAGGAUGUCGAUUUAGCUGUCAAAGCUGCUCGUCAGGCCUUCGACCAUGGCCCCUGGCCUCGACUGCCUGGAUGUGAACGGCGAAGAAUAAUGCUGAAGUUGGCAGACCUAAUGGACGAAAACGUUGAAGAACUAGCAGCAUUGGACGCACUCGAUGCAGCAAAUCUGUACAGUUUGGGGAAGGCCAAGCAAAUCCACGACGGAGCAGAACUGAUACGUUACUACGCGGGCGCGGCCGACAAAAUUCAUGGAACCACGCUAAAAAUGUCGCGCGAGUUACAAGGUUAUACGCUGGUUGAGCCUAUUGGCGUGGUCGGACACAUAAUUCCCUGGAAUUUCCCCAUUCAAAUGUUUGUCUUGAAAGUCGGCCCAGCACUGUCUGCGCUUUACUGUGCUCAUUUGGCUAAGCAGGCUGGUGUGCCCGAUGGGGUGAUCAAUGUGGUGACAGGCUAUGGAUCCACUGCUGGUGCUGCCAUUAGCUCUCACAUGGACAUUGACAUGGUAAGUUUUACAGGGUCUACAGAGACAGGACACCGUAUAAUGCAAGCCGCAGCGACAAGCAACUUGAAAGCUGUGUCACUUGAACUGGGAGGCAAGUCCCCCUUCAUAGUGUUCGACGAUGCAGAUGUUGAUAGAGUUGCUCCUCUUGCUCUCGUUGGAUGUUUCUUCAACCAGGGCCAAAUAUGUGUAGCGGGUACUCGUACUUUUGUUCAGGAAGGGAUAUACGACAAGUUCAUCACGAGAUUGUUGGAAGAGGUGAAAGCAUGGGUUGUAGGCGACCCUUUUGAUCCAAAUGUUAAUCAGGGCCCACAAGUCGACAAGAAACAAUACGAGAAAGUUCUUUCGUAUAUCGAGCGUGGAAAGAAGGAAGGAGCAACAUUGUUAGUUGGUGGUAAGCCUCUUCCUGGAAAGGGGUACUAUAUUGAGCCCACGAUAUUUACUGAUGUUACUGACGAUAUGACCAUUGCUAAGGAAGAAAUAUUUGGACCUGUUAUGUCAAUCAUGAAAUUCAGGACUGUGGAAGAGGCGAUCAAGAGAGCUAAUGGCACAAAAUACGGAUUAGCAGCAGGGAUUAUGACUAAUGACCUCAACAUAGCAAACACAGUUGCGAGAUCGCUGCGGGCUGGUGCAGUUUGGAUAAAUUGCUACUUUGCGUUUGACAACGAUUUGCCUGUCGGGGGUUACAAAAUGAGCGGGUUUGGAAAGGACAUGGGAAUCGAAGCCCUUCACAAGUAUCUGCAAAUCAAAUCUGUUGCUACUCCCAUUUCCAACUCUCCAUGGCUUUGAUCAUUCAAGUCUAUGUUCUUUUCUUUUGAGUUUGUAUUGAAAAGUGAACUUUUAUUGUGUUUUCGUGUGAGUUCAGGUUAGUUAUAAAUGUGUGGAGAAUUGUCUGUCGGGAGUGUUGUAAGAAGUUGGAUUUGUGAGUGAUGUUUUUGUGUAAGUUCUUCAUCUUAUUUUAAUGAACUAUUUAGAUGUUAUUUAUGA